AUGAGACCAGUAUUAAAAGAUUCAUUACCUAAAAUAGAUCUUGAUCUUACCAUUACUAAAACCUAUAGACAGGGUCACCAUUAUGUUAAAGUUUAUCAAUUAAGAAGUUAUGGCCACUAUCCAGUGUUUACCCAAAUUUAUCAGAAGGAUGGACCAUUUGAUAUUGGAACAGUAAAAGUAGACGGAGAACAUAGACUGAAAAUUGAUAAAAAGAAUGUGAGUAUGGUAACCGUCUAUUAUGGUGAAAAAAACAGGAUUGUGAUGUUUGAAACGUUAUACUAUAGUGAAAGAAAUAUGACUGGAAGCGAAAUGAAACUUGUCCACAGAUACCACGCUAGAGAUCCGGUUACCAAUGCAAGUGUAGGCCAAACCAUGGGUGGAGAUAAAGAUUCUUGCUGGAGGGAAUACAUGUAUAAAGAUAACGAUACAAUAGAAAUGGAUAAUUUUGAUAGAGUGAUUGACGCUCUUAUGAAGAACAAACGUCCACUUAACAGAAUAGAUGCAUCCGGUAUAUACUUUCAAAUUGUUAGAACACAUGAGCAUCGUGAUAAAAUUUGUGGUUACUGUAAGCCGGUUGAAAAUCAAGUAACACAAGAAGAAAUUGAAAAUUACGAUGACAUAGAGGCUCAGAUUGUUGAAGAGGAAGGUGGAUUUUUUGAAUUCUUUACUUCAAGUAAUGGAAUGGUAACUGCAGUUGCAACUGGGUCCGUAGGCGGAGCUGCAAUCGGAGGCACUCUCAUCUACAUGGUAGCAUCAUAA